AUGCAGUCGGCAUCGCCAAACCAAGCUUCGCUGGCGCCCCUCGCCCUCGCCAGCUACCGCAGUACCUUCUCCCACGAGCUUGCAGCAGGGCGACGCCGCCAAAUCGUCCUGCCCCAAGCGUUCCUCACCACGCUCAUCCUGCCCGUCGUCUGGCUCGCCAUCCCCCACCACGGCCGGUCUUGGCGCCAUCGCUCGCGGUGGCUGCUGUUCGCCGUCGCCCUCUUCGCCAACUGCGAGCAGGCGGCGCGGGCGUCGAGCAACAACGUCGCGUGGGCGGUCAUCUCGGGGCUCGUGUCGGCGUACGGAACCAUGCUGUGUCUGCAGCACAUGAUACUGACCAACCCACAGCGCGAUGCUGCCAGGAUCAUAAAGGUUCCGCGCAGAAAGGCCCAGGAGGUGGCUUCAACAGGUCUCGGCGAGCCGCCACAACCCGCGGCGGCGGCCGCGACAAGCUCCGGCCUCCAACUACCAAGGGAAGCACCGCGCAGCCGAACAACGCAGCGAUUUGUCGGCAGCUCAGAGAUUGGAGGGGAUUUUUGCUACGUUUGGCAGCGCUUUCCGUCCGAAGCCCCUUUUCUUGACAGGCUCGGCUGGGCCGCAGAUCUUGUCCUCAGCUUCCGUGGGGCUGGUUGGAGCAGCUCAAUCUCCGUGAUCCCCAGACCAUCUGCGCCGAGCAACAUCAGAGACGGACAGCUGGUCGAAGUGGCCUCAAUUCCGUCAGUCACCAACUACGGGUUCGAAUACAUACAGCCUCCCGCAGAUUUCCUGUGGCAUCGCCUCAAGCUGUUGGCUGGAUCAUGUCUCAUGCUGGAUUUCCUCGGCACCUUCAUGAUAAAGGAUCCGUACUUUGUCUUUGGUCGUGAAAGCAUCUCUGUACGGCGUGCUGGCAAUAUUUUGUUCACACUCUUUUGGCUUUACGCCACUGCACCGCUGUUCAACGACGACAUGGCGGACAUGGGACUCUGGCUGCUUGAGCCUAUGCCUUUCUCUAUCUUUAGAGCCUUGGGGUUCGGCUUCCCGGGAGACGCAGUCUGGCGCUGGGACAGCACGUAUCUCUUCCGAUGGCAUUCGGGGCGCCAUUGGUGGCAAAGCGGCCUCGCCAUUUAG